CUUUCUUCUUUUUUCGUUUCUAACAACACAACCAAACACAACAAUGACCGCUUUUAAUUAGUAAUGAUAUCGUAAAAAUCGGUUAUUUUUACGACGGUUUGCGUAAUCUGUUUACAAGACAUACUACUACUUAAUCAUCCGUCGUUACGCUGUACUGACACACUUUAGCAAGAUUUGAUAGCUUCCGCUCAAGAGUAGGAUUCUCGAUGCGUACACAAUUUUUUAAAAAGUUUACUGUUACACGGUGUGUCAUAGAUUUGAUUAUGUAUUAUGAAACGAUAAGUCAUUCGAAGAGCUACUGGUAUUACGUUUGUUUUCUUCUAAUAUAAGAUGUAAAGGUCGUUUAUUGUGUUUGUUUGUAUCCAUCGUUAAUCCUCGAUAUUAUAUGUAAACGAGUUUCGUUGCGCAUAAAUAUUCUGCGACGAGUUAAGCGGAUUUACAGUACCUUUUGAAAUAUUUUUAUUUUACACACACUUAAGCCUCUAAUAUGGAAAAAAUAACGCAUUUAUGGAAUGUGAACCAAUUUGUUACAAAAUUGAGUUGUCCCGAACGUAUGAAUUUACAGACAUUUUACAUACAAAAAUGUAGAAGACUGAGCAAAGGAAUGCAACUACCAUCUAGAACGUUUGGACCCGCGGCAAUGUGCCAAUAUUGUGGAACACUUUGGAAUACUGCGGAUUAUAAUAUUCGAAUAUCGCAUGGCAAACCACUUUCUAAAUCCAUCGGAAAGGUUUUACUCUCUAUGAACGACAUGGACAAAAGAAUACCCAAAGUUCGUAGAAGCUUAGCGACAAAGUGUUUAAAAAAUAAUACGAAUAAGUUAGUAUUUAAGUGUUCGGUAUGUUUGAAAAGUACGAAGGUACCAUUUAACAAACCGCAGCGGAAAAAAGGACAGAAAGCUACUGCUGAGAGUAUACAAACCUCGCAGCGGCGAAAAAAGAAAAAAUCUAGGGAUAAAACCGCAGGUUUAAAUAUUUCUGGAAUUUCAAACUUAAGUAUAGAAAAUAUCGUGGAGGGAUCGAAAGAAACCAGCACAAAAAAAGUAAAAAGCACUACAAACUUUAUUACACCAAUUCAAAAAAUAAAAAAAUUAAAUAUAAAUAGAUUAAAAGAUGUCGUGAAUCAUGGUGCCACACCGUCGAAAAGAAGAAGUCUACAUAGUUUUCUAACAGAACUUUGCUGAAAAUCAGUUGUAUAAGUUUCUACUCGUUCCAUCAAAAAUAUUCGACAUGUAUCGUUUAGAAAAAAAUCGACAUUCUUUUAUUAUGAUUCCUUUAACACUCAACUUCUACCCACGAAAUUCACUUCGUUCUUUACAUUAAAUAUUACACAACGUUUAAUCUUCGUUUAC